CUUCCUCACCCGGUUUUGGCAGGAAAGUUCGAGGUGUCCUGGCAGCAGGAAGCUCCCUUGCUCCACCCUCUGCUCUGCACACCAGUUCUCUGAGCUUAUCAAGGAUUUGCUGCACCAGAGCUGCCAGAGACAGCGACCUGUUCCGUGUGGACACUCGGGUGGGAGCUGGAUCCCUGGCAUGAAGCACUUCAAGCCCUGGGCAGCCUCCACUGUGCUCCUCUUCACUGCUGCGCUCUGGGAUUCCUGCUCAGCAGCUGAAGCCAUCUCCAAUGUUUCAGGAAGCUCCACGCCCACAACUGAGUAUGAACCACUAUGUCUUAAUGUGAACUUCUGCACGCAGGCGGCCGUGUGCUGCCCGUCGGGCAUGGAUGAUUACGGGUGGAUUGCAGCGGCCGUCGGCUGGAGCCUCUGGUUUCUGACUCUCAUCCUGCUCUGCAUGGACAAGAUCAUGAAACUCCGGCCUGACGAACCCAAAUACUUGGUGGCCUGAAGCAGGGACUGAAGCCAGCAGGCAGCAGCACCUGGGAGCAGUGAGGUGCAGACAGACGGACAAAGCAUUUCAAACACUUCCUAAGAAACUGAAAAAGAAAGGAAACAUACCUUCAGCCAAAAAGACCAGAUCUAAGCAGGGCAGCUGCUGAGUCUUCAUGCUCCCUGGCAGGUUGGAGCUGCCAGCCAAGGUGUGGACUAGGCAAGUCCUUGCAAGCCACCACAUAUGUCCCACAGUGCAAAAAAAAAAUCUUUUCCCUGAGCCGCCUCAUGCUUGCUGUGAGAGCAGCAGUAGCAAAGAGAGGCGAAGGACCAGUUACCAGCCUAUAGCCUGUUGUCUUAAGACAACCCAGUGCAUGAUCUUUGGUUUGAAACAGAAAGUGGGCAAAUAAAGGUAUUUUCUGGAGGAUCAACAUAACCAGAUCCAUUACUGGGCUACAGGCUAGGUUACAUCAGAAGGAGGAUGUAAUUCACUGACUUUACCGAGUCCUUCUCCCUCACUAACCUGCAAUAUUUAAAAGUCUAUUAACUGAUGCAUGGGAAAACUCUCUUAUGAAAACUUAGGGAUCGUUUGGCCUGGUUUGAAAGUAAAGCUAGUUUUUCCAGUGCCAUUUAUAUGUGAACUGUGUUGCAGGAAUUGAAUGUUUCUUGUAUUUAUUCAGCAUGCACCUGUCUGAGUAACCAAGCCAAGCUGAACUAUGGCAAGCAGGUUUAAACCAGCAUAUGCAAUUCAUGUACAAAACUGCUCCUAUUUAUAUAAGGUGAUAAUAAACACUUAUUGAUU